UCGAGGAGUGACUGACUGACUGGCUAGCUGGCUAGCUAGUACAUAUGCCCUACUUGUUGUACUAGCUAUGCAUUUUAAUGUAAUAACUAACGUUAGUGAAUAGCCGAGUGAAACGAAUAAGAGAACUACAACACUGUGGUUGACAUAAUUGCGGCAAUGCCUCUCUUCACGUCCAAUCCAUUUGAGCAAGAUGUUGAGAAAGCCACCAGUGAGAUGAACACAGCGGAGGACUGGGGCCUCAUCCUGGACCUUUGUGAUAAGAUAGGACAGUCUCGCUCUGGGCCUAAAGAAUGUCUUCGGUCCAUUAUGAGACGAGUCAACCACAAGGAUCCACAUGUUGCCAUGCAGGCUCUGACGGUAAACACAGACAACACAGCUAUCUAUUACAACAGGUGCUUGGAGAAACAGGCUCUGACGGUAAACACAGACAACACAGCUAUCUAUUACAACAGGUGCUUGGAGAAACAGGCUCUGACGGUAAACACAGACAACACAGCUAUGUAUUACAACAGGUGCUUGGAGAAACAGGCUCUGACGGUAAACACAGACAACACAGCUAUCUAUUACAACAGGUGCUUGGAGAAACAGGCUCUGACGGUAAACACAGACAACACAGCUAUCUAUUACAACAGGUGCUUGGAGAAACAGGCUCUGACGGUAAACACAGACAACACAGCUAUCUAUUACAACAGGUGCUUGGAGAAACAGGCUCUGACGGUAAACACAGACAACACAGCUAUCUAUUACAACAGGUGCUUGGAGAAACAGGCUCUGACGGUAAACACAGACAACACAGCUAUCUAUUACAACAGGUGCUUGGAGAAACAGGCUCUGACGGUAAACACAGACAACACAGCUAUCUAUUACAACAGGUGCUUGGAGAAACAGGCUCUGACGGUAAACACAGACAACACAGCUAUCUAUUACAACAGGUGCUUGGAGAAACAGGCUCUGACGGUAAACACAGACAACACAGCUAUCUAUUACAACAGGUGCUUGGAGAAACAGGCUCUGACGGUAAACACAGACAACACAGCUAUCUAUUACAACAGGUGCUUGGAGAAACAGGCUCUGACGGUAAACACAGACAACACAGCUAUCUAUUACAACAGGUGCUUGGAGAAACAGGCUCUGACGGUAAACACAGACAACACAGCUAUGUAUUACAACAGGUGCUUGGAGAAACAGGCUCUGACGGUAAACACAGACAACACAGCUAUCUAUUACAACAGGUGCUUGGAGAAAAAACUGUUUGUUGUAUAAAUAUAUUUCAUAAAGCGGUCUUAAGCUAUCAUAAAGCUCUGUCUUAUGCUAUAAAUACACUACAUGACCAACAGUAUGUGGACACCAUCUCGUCGAACAUCUCAUUCAUCUCAAAAUCAUGAGCGUUAAUAUUGA